AUGGCCGAGGACCACAUGGACGACAUGGGGCAGCAACAGCAACAACCGGAACACCCCGCCAGUAUGCCUGUCGAAUUCGGCAAUGCCUUGCCCCAGCACCGCACGCAGAACAUGGCUUUCUCGCCAGAGUCCAGUGGCGGGGACAGAGGCAGCAAGCGGGCCCGGUCCAUGUACCUCUCACACGGCACCUUACCGAAGACGCCAGGCUCUAGUCCAAACUCGAAGAGGAGCUCAUACACCUACUCGACCCUGCGUACGCCCCGACGAACGCGAGACUCGAAAUGCAGGGUGUCCCUGCAAUCAGUGGUGUCCAACUUUGCCGAGCGGAGUGACAGGUCCCAGUGCCUCGCACCGUCUGCCGAGGGUUGGCCUACCCCAUCCGACUCCUUCUCCGUCGAUAACAGCUCGUUGAGGAGCAACUCCGCCAUACAUACCAGCUUCGCUUCGGAAGACGUCAUAUACCCAACACCCAGCAAGGACGCGAGUCUGCUCGCCAUGACCGACGACGCUACCUACGACGACGACGACCAAACGGCGAUGGAUGAGGGUGACUUUGUGGGAGAGACGGUUACACCAUCCAUCUCUAUCACCUCAUGUUCACGCGACGCAAACGAGAAGAGGUUGAACAUUGUCAGAGAGAUAUUGGAUACCGAGCGGCGAUAUGUCGAUAGCCUGUCAAUACUUCAGAAGAUGUUUUUACAACCUUUGAUGGCUGCUGUCGGAACAUCAGAAGAGAUGUUGUCAAAAAAAAUGAUCCUGGGAAUCUUCUCCGAGCUGCCCGGCAUCAUCAACGUGAACUCAGAACUGAAAAAGCAGUUGGAGAAUCGUUUGGAGAGCAGCCCAUGGGACCCUUGCAAUGGGUUCAUUGGAGACAUCUUUCUGAACCUGGCACCCUAUUUGAAAAUGUACUCGUCUUAUGUCAAGAACUUCAACAAUGCGCUGUCUCGCGUGACAGAGUGCUCCGCCAAGUUUCCCGCGUUCUCGCAUUUCAUUGCGAAGCAACAUACCAACCCGGAGCUGAAAGGCCUCCGCCUCGAGUCCUUCCUCAUUAUGCCCGUGCAACGUAUACCAAGAUAUAAGAUGUUGCUGGAGGAACUGGUCAAGAAAACCGACGUACAUCAUCCGGAUCAUGAAACCUUGAAGAAUUCACUAGAGCGGAUCGCUGAAGUGGCCGUGUUUGUGAACGAGGCCAUCCGCGAGCAUGAGAUGGUGCAGGAGCUCAUUGCGUUGCAGGGUCUGAUACACGGGAUGGAUGAGGAACUGGUUGUUCCUGGCCGGCGGUUGAUACGACGUGGCACCGUGCAGAAGAUCUCACGGAAGCGACAUCAUACUCGAUACCUCAUCCUGCUCUCCGACGCGCUUAUUUAUGCUAGUCCCGGUAUCCUCGACGACUACUAUGUGUUCCACAGAAAGCUGGAUCUCGAGCUAUGCGAAGUUGUCGACGUCCCCGACACACCUGACAUGAGGAAUAUCUUUCAGAUCGUCAGUCCGGACAAGUCUUUUGCCAUGUAUGUCGAUACUCGUGAAGAUAAGCAAGGCUGGAUAGAUGAUAUCGGCAUGGCUGUGCAGCUGCUGACGACGAAUAGAAGCACUCUGCGGAACGAACUUGGUCGCGACAACUCUAUCGAGAAACGACGAAAGAUGGAGGUUUAUAGCGCUCCGGUUUGGAUGCCGGAUGAUAGCACCAACAACUGCAUGUUAUGUAGUCAGGAGUUUAGCAUGUUGAAGCGGAAGCAUCACUGCCGAGCAUGUGGAAAUAUCGUUUGUUACGCUUGUUCCAGUCGGUAUUUCAUCAUCCCCAGUCUCCCACAAGACAAACUCGCCCGCGCCUGCGACCCAUGUUACGAACGCAUCUCCAUCGAAGGCAAACUGCAAGUUGUCCAAUCCCCUCAUUCCCUUUUCCCAACGAACUACACGCCAUCACCACCCGCACAACAACAUGACUACCACCAACAGCUGCAACCUCAACCGCAACCCCGCCAACCUCGCAACUCAUCCUCGACGACCUCAUCGUCAUCCUCUUCUACGCGCCGGCAGGGCCGACCGACGUCCAUGGUCGACCAGCUGUGGCAUGUGUUUGGGAAAGGGUUUGCGGACAAGAACUCGAGCAAGCGAUCGCUAGGCAGACCGUUCGGCGCGUCGGCUACAGAGGAUCCGUUUGCGCCGCCGAAACACUGUUCGUUGUGCUUGGAUCUGUUUUCGUGGACUAAAUGGAGGUAUCUCUGCACUCAAUGCAAACGAACAGUCUGCGCCAGCUGCACGCCCAAAGCCGGCCCAUACAACAUCUGCGACCCGUGCUACCUCAACGUCGAUCCCGCCGACGUAGUUGUCGACCCCAAAGGUGGCGGCUGGAGCGCGUCGCAUCAUGAUCAUGCUAUGAUGGAGACGACGUAG